UUUCUCUGCUAUGGAUCAGUGUGAGGACAGAGAGGAGGGAGUCCCUCCCUCUAAAAGCUCUCUGUGUGGGGAACAUGACAGCCAGACCAAAGCUCAGAGCCUGGAGCAGCGGACCAGACUAGACUCUCCUGGACCUGAACCCAGCUGUGUGUCCAUGAAGAGUGACUUUUCCAUGUUAGAACCUAUGCAUUUCAAACAUGGAGUACCAGCUGAUGAAAGGAUCCAGCAGCAGAGACCAGAAUCUCCUGGACCUGAACCCAGCUGUGUGUCCUUUAAGAGUGACAGGUCGAAGGACUUUUUCAUUGAAUUUAAAGGACGUCCAUCAGCUGAUCAGAUAGUGGACCAGGAGAGCUCAGAGGUUCCCAGUGGUCAGUCUGCCCAGCAGCAUCAAACACAGCUGGACUCCAUAUUUAUGCUGCUGGAGGAGAACGUCAUCACUUUUGUGAAGAACGAGCUGAAGAAGAUGCAGAAGGUUCUGAGUUCAGAUUACCCAGAAUGCUUAGAGAGUCAGAGGGAGGAUGAGGAGGUGUUGAAUGAUGAGGAGGAGGAACAGAGUAAGAGCAGCAGAGAAGCAUUUCUAAAGAUCGCACUGCACUUCCUGAGGAGAAUGAAGCAGGAGGAGCUGGCUGAGUGUCUGCAUAGCAGAACUCCUGCUGGCAGGUGUCGACAUAAACUCAAGUCUAACCUGCAGAAGAAGUUCCAGUGUCUGUUUGAGGGAAUCGCUAAAGCAGGAAACCCAACCCUUCUGAAUCAGAUCUACACACCGCUCUACAUCACAGAGGGAGGGACUGCAGAGGUCAAUAAUGAACAUGAGGUCAGACAGAUUGAAACAGCAUCCUGGAAACCAGACAGACCAGAAACAACAAUCAGACAAGAAGACAUCUUUAAAGCCUCACCUGGAAGAGAUGAACCAAUCAGAACAUUGAUGACAACGGGAGUGGCUGGCAUUGGGAAAACAGUUUUAGCACAGAAGUUCACUCUGGACUGGGCUGAAGACAAAGCCAACCAGGACACACACUUCACAUUUCCAUUCACUUUCAGACAGCUGAAUGUGCUGAAAGAGAAAAAGUACAGCUUGGUGGAACUUGUUCAUCACUUCUUUACUGAAACCAAAGAAGCAGGAAUCUGCAGGUUUGAAGAGUUCCAGGUUGUGUUCAUCUUUGACGGUCUGGAUGAGUGUCGACUUCCUCUGGACUUUCAUAACAACAAGAUUCUUACUGAUGUUACAAAGUCCACCUCAGUGGAUGUACUGCUGACAAACCUAAUCAGGGGAAACCUGCUUCCCUCUGCUCGCCUCUGGAUAACCACACGACCUGCAGCAGCCAAUCAGAUCCCUCCCUGGUGUGUUGACAUGGUGUCAGAGGUCAGAGGGUUCAAUGACCCACAGAAGGAGGAGUACUUCAGGAAGAGAUUCAGAGAUGAGGAGCAGGCCAGCACCAUCAUCUACCACAUCAAGACAUCACGAAGCCUCCACAUCAUGUGCCAUAUCCCAGUCUUCUGCUGGAUCACUGCUACAGUUCUGGAGGAUGUGUUGAAAAGCAGAGAGAGAGGGGAGCUGCCCAAGACCCUGACUGAGAUGUACAUCCACUUCCUGGUGGUUCAGUCCAAAUUAAAGAACAUCAAGUAUGAUGGAGGAGCUGAGACAGAUCCACACUGGAGUCCAGAAAGCAGGAAGAUGAUUGAGUCUCUGGGAAAACUGGCUUUUGAGCAGCUGAAGAAAGGCAACAUGAUCUUCUAUGAAUCAGACCUGACAGAGUGUGGCAUCGAUAUCAGAGCAGCCUCAGUGUACUCAGGAGUGUUCACACAGGUCUUUAAAGAGGAGAGAGGUCUGUACCAGGACAUGGUGUUCUGCUUCGUCCAUCUGAGUGUUCAGGAGUUUCUGGCUGCUCUUCAUGUCCAUCUGACAUUCAUCAAGUCUGGAGUCAAUCUGCUGGCAGAAGAUCAAACAUCCCAGAAGUCUGAAACAAGGAAAUACAAAUCUACAGAGACACGUUUCUACCAAAGUGCUGUGGACGAGGCCUUAAAAAGUCCAAAUGGACACCUGGACUUGUUCCUCCGCUUCCUCCUGGGUCUUUCACUGCAGACCAAUCAGAGUCUUCUACGAGGCCUGCUGACACAGACAGGAAGUAGCUCACACACCAAUCAGAAAACAGUUGAGUACAUCAAAACGAAGAUCAGUGAGAAUCUGUCUGCAGAGAGAAGCAUCAAUCUGUUCCACUGUCUGAAUGAACUGAAUGAUCGUUCUCUCGUGAAGGAGAUCCAACUGUACCUGAGCUCAGGAAGUCUCUCCAGAAAGAAACUGUCUCCUGCUCAGUGGUCUGCUCUGGUCUUCAUCUUACUGUCAUCAGAAGAAGAUCUGGACGUGUUUGACCUGAAGAAAUACUCUGCUUCAGAGGAGGCUCUUCUGAGGCUGAUGCCAGUGGUCAAAGCCUCCAACAAAGCUCUACUGAAUGGCUGUAAGCUCUCAGAGAGAAGCUGUGCAGCUCUGUCCUCAGUCCUCAGCUGUCAGUCCUCUAGUCUGAGAGAUCUGGACCUGAGUAACAACAACCUGCAGGAUUCAGGAGUGAAGCAGCUGCCUCCUGGACUGGAGAGUCCACACUGUACACUGGAAACUCUCAGACUGACUGGCUGUAACCUCUCAGAGACAAGCUGUGCAGCUCUGUCUUCAGUUCUCAGCUCCCAGUCCUCUAGUCUGAGAGAACUCGACCUGAGUAACAACAACCUGCAGGAUUCAGGAGUGAAGCAGCUUUCUGCUGGACUGGAGAGUCCACACUGUACACUGGAAACUCUCAGGCUGUCAGGAUGUCUGAUCACAGGGGAAGGCUGUGCUUCUCUGGCCUCAGCUCUGAGCUCCAACCCCUCCCAUCUGAGAGAGCUGGACCUGAGCUACAAUCAUCCAGGAGACUCAGGAGAGAAGCAUCUGUGUGCUGGACUGAAGGAUCCACACUGGAGACUGGACACUCUCAGGCUGCAGCCUGCUGGAGUCCGAUGGUUGACACCAGGUCUGAGGAAGUAUUCCUGUGAAGUCACACUGGAUCCAAACACAGCAAACAGAAAACUCAAACUGUCUGACAACAACAGGAAGGUGACACAUAUGAAGGAGGAGGAGCAGUCAUAUCCUGAUCAUCAAGACAGAUUCGAUCACUGGCUUCAGCUGCUGUGUAGAAAUGAUCUGACUGGUCGCUGUUACUGGGAGGUCAAAUGGAGAGGAGAGGUUUAUAUAUCAGUGACUUACAGAGGAAUCAGCAGGAAAGGAAACAGUGAUGACUGUGUGUUUGGAAAGAAUGAACAGUCCUGGAGUCUGAUCUACUCUGAUGGUAGUUACUCUGUCAUGCACAAUAACAGAGUAACAUCCAUCAACACUGUCUGGCACAGUAAGAAAAGAAUAUCCACCUCCUCCUCCUCUGUCUCUCACAGAGUAGCAGUGUAUGUGGACUUUCCUGCUGGCACUCUGUCCUUCUACAGAGUCUCCUCUGACACACUGAUCCACCUCCACACCUUCAACACCACAUUCACUCAGCCUCUGUAUGCUGGGUUUGGGGUAUUUUCUGGUUCCUCAGUGUCUCUGUGUCCUCUGUAGGAGGGAGAGUCUCCUCCUGUUAGAGAAACUUUAUCACUGCUGACCAGAUAGUUCAGUCUGUACAGGAUCACACACAGCUGAUGGUAUUUAGUACCAACAUGAUCUCUCACUGGUUGU